GGCAGGCAGAUACACACACAGACACACAGAUACACACACAGACACACAGAUACACAGACAGACAGACACACAGACAUGGCGCAUCAAAGAGGAGUCAACAGCCUGCACUUCAACCAGGACCAGAGCUGUUUCUGCUGUGCGAUGGAGACAGGGGUCCGAAUCUACAACGUGGAGCCGCUCAUGGAGAAAGGACACCUGGAUCUGGAGCAGCUGGGCAGUGUCAGGUUGGUGGCGAUGCUUCACAGGUCCAACCUGCUGGCUGUCGUGGGGGGGGGCAGCAACCCCAAAUUCUCGGAGAUCUCAGUUCUUAUUUGGGAUGACGCGCGUGAGUCUAAAGACUCGAAGGACAAGAUGGUUCUGGAGUUCACCUUCCCUAAACCUGUGCUGGCUGUGCGCAUGAGACAUGACAAGAUCAUCAUUGCAUUACGCAGCAGAAUCUAUGUUUACACCUUCCCUGACAACCCCACCAAACUCUUUGAGUUUGACACCCGAGACAACCCCAAAGGUCUGUGUGAUCUCUGCCCCAGUCUGGAGAAGCAGCUCCUGGUCUUCCCUGGACACAAGUGUGGCAGCCUGCAGCUUGUGGAUCUCUCGAACACCAAGCCUGGCACGUCGGCAGCCCCCGUCACGGUGAACGCUCACCAGAGCGAGAUCGCCUGCGUGGCGCUGAGCCAGCAGGGCGGCGUGGUGGCCUCCGCCUCCAGGAAGGGCACCCUCAUCCGUCUCUUUGACACCCAGACCAAGGAGAAGCUGGUGGAGCUGAGGAGGGGCACUGACCCAGCUACCCUGUACUGCAUCAAUUUCAGCCACGACUCAUCCUUCCUGUGUGCCUCCAGUGACAAGGGCACGGUGCACAUCUUCGCUCUGAAAGACACCAGACUGAACCGGAGAUCCGCGCUUGCCCGCGUAGGGAAGGUGGGUCCUGUUAUCAGUCAGUAUGUCGAUUCUCAGUGGAGUCUCGCCAGCUUCACUGUCCCGGCUGAGUGCGCUUGUAUCUGCGCUUUUGGAAAAAACACAUCCAAAAACGUCAACUCUGUCAUAGCGAUCUGCGUGGACGGCACCUUUCACAAGUACGUGUUCACGCCCGACGGGAACUGCAACAGGGAGGCCUUCGAUGUGUACCUCGAUAUCUGUGAUGACGACAACUUCUGAUCGAUGAGCUUGCCCCCCGAAACCCUGCACCCCAACUCUCAUUGUACAGUCCCAAUGUGAAUUGCAGGCUAUGUAAUCUGUGAUAAUGAACUGUGCUUUUAUUUUGGAAAUGUAGCAACCGAAAUACACUUUUAAAACCA